GUGAAGCUAGCUCAAUGCGCUUGUCCACUAACUGGAGUCAUCAAUUCAAUAGUUCGAAUUCAUAAUCAAACGAACAGCGCUUAACGUCCACUUGUUCGCCUCCGACCCGGCAGAUCCGAUAGACCAGGCAGGGACCGGGGCUCGGGUAGGCCAAACAAUGAAUGAUGAAGGCACGCGGGCAUUUUCUGCUCAGCCUUCUGGGCAGCUUGACUUUGUACUCUUCUCAGCGUCGCAGAUCACCCCACUAGUACGAAGGGUUGCAUUAUAGGGCGAGGAAGAGCAUCUCACAUCAGCCUCUACAUCCUUUCGGUUCAACCGCUGGACAUACCUACUACAACCACCGCUCGCGCUCGCACAGCUGACGCACCAUGGCCUCCAUUCUACUCCGAAACCUUGCUGCAGUCGGAAUUCCCUAUUUUAUCCUCGCUAUCCUGGUUCAGCGGCACGGGACAUUCUUGGCGAGAGUAGCCCUCUUACCUGUCAUGUACUGGGCUACAUUGCACACGUUCUUGAGCGCUGGUCCGUCACCGGAAGAAAAGUACGAUCCUACACAAGGGCUUAUGAAUCAGUUUUUCUCGUACCUCAUGUUUGGGCUGUCGCUGCGAGCUACGGUCUGGGCUUUCAGAGAACGCGUUUACGUGCGCGAUGAUCGUUUUGGCAUGAGACAAGGCGGUGUCAUGAAAACGAUGGCAGACUCACUGGACUUGUUAAUGAACUGCCGCGGCGUUGGGUGGAAUUGGGGCUGGAAGCCGGUGCUCAGUGAGGGUCCCGAACAGUCCAGGUUGCGGUUCGUUUGCUUGACCACCCUCCGUCUUUUCCUUGCUGUCUUCCUCAUCGACUGCUCUACGGCGGCUGCAACGUCGUUUUCUGCGACCGGUUUCACUGUUGGCCAUUCCAUCUUCGAUCCCUCCCUCCCAUUCGUUCGGCGCGUGCUCUAUGCGUUCGUCAUUACUGCGCUUUCAGGAUGUUCCGGUUUUCUCGGGAUAGACAUGGCCUAUCAGGCCUGCGCGCUCCUCGGGACAACCGUAGGCUUCCAGCGCCCGUCACAGUGGCCGCCGCUAUUCAACAGCCCAUGGCGCGCGACGUCUCUUGGCGACUUCUGGGGGCGCCGUUGGCAUCAGAUCCUUAGACAGGUCUUCGUGCGUCUCGGCCUGCAGCCGAUAAAUCGCAUUCUCGGGGAACCUUGGGGCUUCAUCGGUGCCUUCCUGGUCUCGGCGGUCGUGCAUGACCUUGGCAUGCGCGCGCAGGGCAAAAGUGGCGACAUACCAUCCGUAUACGGCUUCUUCGUGAUGAACAGCGUCGGCGUCGUCUUGGAAAAGCUAUGGGAGCGGUGCACGCGUAAACGUGUCUGCGGAAUUCAGGGAUGGAUGUGGACGAUGACUUGGUUGGUUAUAUGGGGUACUUUGUUGGUUGAUACAUGGGCACAAACGGGGAUGCUGUCCGCAGGCACGCAGGAAGCACAAGAACGCCGGCCUUCUAGGAUGCUCGCGGAGUUGUACAGGCACUACCUCCUAGGGUGACAGACGGUGACCCGGGAAAAAACUGUCGUAGGCUCAUUCAAUCGACAAUGUUGAAGCCCGACACCACAGCUGGCGAGUUAUGGCUGCAGAAUGCAGUUUAUGAUGCGACGGCGAGGUUCGCCACCUGUCUGCGGCGUCCAGGCGAUCGAGAUUGUGUCGCAUUAGCGCCUUUCGAGCUGUCCAGCUUACCUAACUCUAUCAAAUUUUACC